AUGCUGGUCAUAACCCCAAUCACCAGAUACGCGUCGGUUACUUCUCCACUGGUCACCACGCUAAUAGUCUACGCUUAUUUUGCUUUCGCUCUCUUCGCUUGGCAAUACCUCGAUCCUACGAAACCCUACAAGAGCCACCGAGUUGAUCUCUAUGUCCCGUUCUUCGGUCUACUUCGUUUCCUCUUCUACAUGGGCUGGCUAAAGGUGGCAGAAACCCUAAUCAGUCCAUUUGGUGAAGAUGAAGACGAUUUUGAAAUUGAAGAGUACAUUGAGCGCAAUGUGCAGUUUACAAAUUUUUGGGACCGGUGUUAUAAUGAUGAGAUUCCUCCAGUGAUCAAGGACGUCUAUUGGGAUGCAGAAGAUAUCAACUUACCCAAGAAAAUCUCCAUGGCGGAUGGAAAUGGAGAUGCCGGUCUUUGGUCCCAUGCAGUUUCCUUCUCAGCAGCUGAUGACCCCUUCCGUGGCUCAUUAGCCAAUAUGGAUUUCGCAUCUAAUCGAAAAAUUAAAAAGCACACGUGUUUGACUCAUAUAUCUCUUUGCACAAUGGUUGCUGGUGCCUUUGUAGCUGUCAGUGGCGACAUCAAUUUCGAUCUAAUUGGGUAUGGCUUUGUCUUUGUCAACAAUAUUUCAACUGCCGCCAAGGGUCUUCUUACAAAAUCUCGUCUUUCAAAGCAUAAUUUCUCUAGCACAACUCUUCUGUUCUAUAAUUCUAUAUUCAUGUUUCCAUUCAUGUUGGUGCUCGUUUUAAUCACAGGCAAAGUUCAGAAUGUGAUUGACUUCCCCCUAUGGACAAAUGUCUGGUUUGUGAUCGGCUUUCUCUUUUCGUGCUUAGCGGCAGUUACUCUACAAUUCCUCACGUUUGAGUGCACGCGACUCACAUCUGCUCUGACAACUAGUGUGAUUGGUAUUAUGAAGAAUACGAUUGUCUCAUAUGGUGGUAUGUUUGUUGGUGGGGAUUACAUCUUUACAAUUGUCAACUUCUGUGGAGUUACUCUCAGGUGCGCUCGAUCUUCGUUUUAA